AAUAAAUUGGCCAGGGGAGAUAGGUCCGAUGGGAUGGUCUUUAAUGGGCUUUCAGAGCCCCUUCAAGUGCGCAUUGUUUGCUCAAAACGGGAACAAUGAUGACCUAAUCAAAGAAUCCGGCGAGAAGGAACGGCCAAAUGGGUUCGUCAACGGUGACGGUGGCGAUUUUGAUUCGAAGAAGGAUCGGCGGCCUGCAUUUAAUUUCAGGUGGGGUGAGCUGCUGGACCUCGACCCCGAAAAUAUCCUGGUCGUUGGAUUGACGGGUUUGCUGGGGUGGGCCAGUGCCCAAUUAAGUUCUGUGGCAGCUCUUCUUUAUCUCGGUGGCCAUUCUGGUUGCUGCUCUCAAGUACACUUUCAUUGCUACUCUCCUCAUUUUCAUUCUUAUUACCCUUCUUUGAAUCUCUGCUCUACAUCAUUUGUGUAAAUUUUUUUCCCUCAAAAUUGUAAUGUUACUUUAGGAGCUCAAGAUGAUUGGGAGGUGUUGUGACUUAUUUUUAUAUUAUAUAUAUAUAUAUAUAUAUAUAUAUCCUCAAUGCAGAUUUAUCAGGCUUGUUCUUAUAAUCAUGUUUACCAAAGUAGAGAUGAAGUAAUAAAGGUGCAGAGUAUAUAUGAUUGUCAAAACGAGAAAGCUUUUGUGUAUAUUAAGCCGUCAAUAAUCAAUUCUGUGCUUG